AUGAGAGCACUCACAGAUCCGUGGUUUUCAGAUUUUUUACUACGCGUCGGUGAUGGAGAUGAAGAAGCCAUUGAUGAGAAUUUUAUUUGUAUACCAGGGGAUAUGACCUUACCAUAUACCAAUCUUGAUCAAGCGAGAAAGGAUUUGAUUAGUGAAAUAUUCCCGUCUAUGGAAAUAUUAUCGACUAAAAAUGAGAAUGUUGACCAAAUAAAUGAUGAGUUGAUCGAUAAAUUCCCUGGAAAUGAACAUAUCUACUUCAGUUUUGAUGAGGCAUUAGAUGAUACACACAACCAUUAUCCCAUCGAAUUCUUAAAUUCGCUCAAUGUUAGUGGUUUGCCCCCUCAUUGUCUACGACUCAAGGUUGGAUGCCUGGUUAUACUUUUACGUAACAUCGAUCCAUCGAAUGGAUUAUGCAAUGGCACAAGAUUGAUAUGCAAAUCUUUUCAACGUAAUGUCAUCGAUGCAGAAAUAGCCGUUGGUAAACAUGCCGGGAAAAGGGUUUUUUUUACCGAGAAUUCCUCUAUGUCCGUCUGA